AUGUUUGAACUAAAUUAUGAGAUAUCAUCAAAAUUCAAUGAAACUCUUUCAAAUAGAAAAAGCAGUCAAGGAAAUAAUCGUCCAAAGCCGUUUCAAAGAAAUUUUAUUGCACUGAAUCGCAUUAGUAGAUUCUCAGAUCGCAGUUCCACUCAAGAAUUCUUAGAAAAUGAAGCAUUCUAUCAAAUUGCAUCAUUAAUUCCAGAUGAAGUCCUUUUAAAUUCAACAGAUUAUGAAAUAAGGCAAUUUGAAGCUACAGUUCUAUUUGCUGACAUCAGUGGAUUUACUGAAUUAAGUGAAAAGUAUCAGAACCUCGAGGGUGGAGCAUCAAAGCUUAGUGCUGUUUUAAAUUUUUAUCUUGGAAUCAUGGUUCAAGAGAUUCUGUCACAUGAUGGCGAUAUCAUUAAAUAUGCAGGAGAUGCAUUUAUUGCCACGUUUCGUAAAGAAAAUAUUCAAAAUAGCGUACAUAAUGCUAUCGAUACUGCCAUUAUAAUUCAGAAAAACUGUCGAAAUUAUUUAACAGAAGUGAACGUUACACUGAAUGUGAAAAUAGCGAUAUCAUGUGGAGAGGUGGAUUUUCAAUUGAUAGGCGAUGAAUCUUCGUCACAAUAUGCAGUCAUUGGAGAUCCAGUAUGGAAAGUAAAAGAUUUACAAGAAUUUAUUAAGGCAGGCGAGAUUCUGAUAACAUGGAAGGCAUGGCAUUAUACACAAGAGUCAUUCUAUACAUACGAAGUCAUGAGAGAAAAUCGUUGUUAUAAAAUAACGGGAUUUAAGGAACUUAUCGGGGUGGUACGAAGGCAAUAUGAAGCUACAUUGAACUUUCAAGAAAUGCACAAAAAUUUAAACAAAAAUAUGGAAGCUCCAUCAGUUUCAAAUCUAUUGAUGGAACCUGGAUAUGACACAAUACAUUACAAUACAAACCACAAUGAGCUUUUUUCACUCAGGCAGAAGAUAAGCACAGUAACAUCAAUCGAAACGAGAAAAGAUCUCCGGCGAUUCAUUAUCACUCCUCUACUCAAUGCUAUUAACAUGGGUGAUAACAUUGAUGCUCUGACUGAAAUGCGGAAUGUUGUCAUCGUAUUUGCUAAUUUCAUUGUUCCAUAUAAGGGAUCAAAAGAAAUCUUAUCAGUCACCAAUAGAAUUUAUAAGAAGCUUUCCGAAAUUGUCAAGGCAUAUGAAGGAGUUCUAAACAAAAUUCUUCUUUUUGAUAAAGACAUGAUGUUCCUUAUCAUUUUUGGAUUACGAGGCAUGCAGCAUGAAAAUGAGUCAGCAAUAGGCCUAAAAUGUGCACAUGAACUGCAUCAAACUUUCAAAACAUGGGAAGAGAUAAUCAGUGUGUCAAUUGGAGUGACGUCAGGAAAAAGCUAUUGUGGAGUUGUUGGACAUACACUCCGAAGGGAAUAUUCAGUGAUUAGUGUUUCAGUCAAUAGAGCAGCUAGGUUAAUGAUGGCAUAUCCAAAUGUUGUUAGCUGUGACCAAGUGUCUUUAAUUGAGAGUAAAAUUAAGCUUAGAUAUUUUAAGCAACUUCCAAAGAGAAGCUUAAAAGGAAUCAGUGAAGCUAUUUCUGUUUAUGAAUUUGUGGAUUUAGAAGGCUCGGACACAGAUAUUGUUGAUGUGAAUGAUGAAAUUUUGAAUGGACGGGAUGAAUUGUUGGAAAUAAUCCAGAAACUUAUAAGUAAAGCGAUUAAUCUUUUUAAUCAAUUCAGUAACAAGAUAAGAGCUGAAAAAUUAUGUCUAGUAAUUAAAGGAGAAAAUGGCGAAGGAAGAACCAGAAUUAUAAAUUAUUUAUAUCGAAACUUUAUGAUGCAAGAUAUUAAAUGCAUCAAACUUGCCUUAAACACAAAGCAUUCAUCUACGCCGUUCUGGACUUUAAAGCAUUGCAUAACAAAAUUUAUCGAGACUGAGGACGAGCUCAAAAGCAUAAUCACGAAGAAGUUCCUUCAUUUAAAUAUCCAUAAAUACCUAUAUUUAUUUAAUGAAAUAAUUGGAACAAAUUUCGAUAAUAACACUGUUGAAACUGACUUGAAUGAAGCACAAAGAACAGAAAUUCAGAAACAAUUGAUUGCCAUUCUAUGCAAAAGUCUAAAGAACUUUUGGAUAAUUUUGAUUGACGAUGCGGAUUAUAUUGAUUUAUAUUCACUAAAAUUUAUAAAUUCCAUUAUAAUGUCGCAGACAGUCUUCGUGAUACUUGCGAUUGGAAAGAAUCAUAAAAAGUGGACUUUACAGCAUGGAAAAUUUAUCAAAAAUGAACAUGUCACGCAAUACAAUCUUAAGCCUAUUGAUAAAACAUUUCAAAAGGAUAUUGCAUGUCAGAGCCUUAAUGUUUCAGCAAUUCCAAUAGAAUUUGAACGAUUCAUACAUAAAAAUAGCAAUGGGAAUGCGGGAUGGAUUGAAGCAUGUUCUAAAACUUUAUUAUAUUCCGGAAAAUUAAAAAUUAAAACCUUAUUGUAUUUACAAGCCAUCAAUGAUGGAAUGAUUAUGAGGAAUAAAUUAAAUCAUGACAAAAAUGAUUUCUUCGAUAUACCAUCACCACUGAAUGAUUCACGUCAGGAUAAUAUUGUAAUAAAUGUGGCUGUAAUUGAAGGUGUGUUGUGUGAAAAAGAUUAUAUUGUCGGAUAUAAAAAUAACAAGUUGAUGGUCUAUGACACAUUAUCAUCUUAUGAUCAAAUGAUUUGUAAGUGCGCUUCUGUAAUUGGUCCAAAAUUCUAUAGGCAGCAGUUGGAUUACUUAAUAACCAAAAUUGAUUACCGGCAUGUUGGAAAGACAAUUCUAAAGCUUUUUCAACUCAAUAUUCUCUUUUGUGCAUCACUUCCGAAUGAUGAAAAGGAAACAAACAAUUGUGUAUGUAAAAAUGUUGAAAUUUUUGAAUCAUGUCGGGAUUUACCAAAAUACUCAAACUGCGCAUAUUUGACAUUCAAUGAUGAAUCAUUUCGGAACUAUGUCUAUGAUACAUUAACAGAGAAACAGCGAAUUGAGUACCAUAGAAAGUGCAUACACUAUCUAUGUCGAAAAACUACUAAAUGUGAAUCCUGUAAUCGCCAGCGGUUUGAAAUUAUUGAUGAAAUAAAGUUCAGCUUUUACGAUGGAAUUGUCAAAAAAGAUUGCAAAAAGUCAGAAAUGAGAGAAAAAGUUUUAAAAUCCGUCCUUCCUUCAAUAACAAAUCGAUGUAAUGACAUAUCAAGGAGACAACAAUCUAUUGUUUUGAAUUUUAUGAACUACGAAUAUCGCAACUGUAAAUGCAAGUUUUUGCUUCAUCAUGCUUUCAAUGAUGUUGUGAGGCAUUGUCAAGGAAGAGAUUUAAUCACGAAGAAGAUUUUCUCACAAAUUGUGUCGGCUGAUUUGAGCAUCAAAACUGGAAACAUUCCAAAUGCGAUGCAUUCCUUGGAUUUAACACUUGAAUUAUUGAAUGACGAAUCCAUUUUCCAUAAAGAUAAUUUCAUGUUUACAACAUAUUUGCGAGGAAGGGCUUAUGGUCUUAAAGGAAGGUGUUUAGAAAGCAUUGGAGAAAAUGAAAGAGCUAUUGAAUGGUAUUGUCACGCUUGCAGUGUCUUUAAGAUUUCAUUUCCAAAGAAAUUCAAUUUUAUGGCUAAAAUCAAGCAGUAUCAACUUAUUGAAAAAAUCAAAUACAAACUUAAUCACAGUCAUGAACCGAAAUUGACAAGACUACAGCUAAUGAUUAUCAACGAAUGCUCACUUCUUCUACAAAAUUUAUUCAACUUCUUUACAAAAACAAAACAAACAAAGUUGGCGACUUUAGCAGCAGUUUGGGCACUAAAGGAUGCUUUAAAAACGAAACACAAAAUUGUAUCAUUAGUGACAUGCUUCACAAAUUUCCUGAAUUGUAAAGCGAAUGCCUGCAUAAAAUCAUUUGACAUGAAAAUUUUCAGCGAACUUUUUGACUCAAUUUUAUGUCAGAAUAUCGAUAAAGAAUGUAUCGAAAAAAUUGUGGAACUUUACACGGCUGUUAUGGAGCAUCAGAUUUAUCGACGAAAUAUUAAAUUUGCUAUCAAAAUUGGAAAAUUUGCAAAGAAAAUGUGCUACAAUCUAGGCAAUAACGAAGCUCUUUUGAAAGUUAUUCCAUCUUUAUUUAUAUUGUAUAUGAAGUCAUUUUGUAUUGAAGAUUGCUACAAACUACUGCAAGAACUGCAUUAUUCUAUCAAAUUCAAUAGCAAUGAUGAAAAUGCAAAAAUUUGGUUCUAUGCACUUUGUAUGGAUUUAUAUUUAGAUACAAGACACGAUUGUGUUGUUGACUAUGACGAAUGCAAAAAUAUUUAUAUCGAAGCCAUAUCAAUUCAGUCUAUCGAAAUGAAUAUUGAAGCAUAUUUGAGAUUUAUUAUAAACUUCAAUUUGUGGAAUGCUCGAAAAGGUUGGAAAGAUGAAUUACAGCUUUUAGUUAUUCCAAUAAUAGAAAAAUCCUUCGCACAUGACAGCCUGAAUUUCAAUCAAAUUUUCACUGGAAUGCGGUUGUUGGAGUUAUUACAUAUCCAUAUGAGUCAGAAUGAUGAAAAUUUUAUUAGGAUUAAAGAAUUAUGUGAGGUUAUUGAAUUGCGGAUGGAAAAGCUUAAAAUCAGCUGGUGACAUCGAGUUUAAAUAAAAUUCUGUAAUUAUUCAAAAG